UGUUCAACUUGAAUCUCUCACGCACGAGCGUGCACACGCGCAGGGCUAAAGUGGUCCCCUUCAGACACAUUAGACAGAGGGAGGGUGGGGCGCCAGUAAAGAUUUCUUAAUGUGCUCUCCGUCCUCCCGUCCAUCUGCUGAUGAUAAACACUCAGCUAUCCGCCUGGCUACUCCCUUUGCCGCGGUCUAUUAUCAAUACUUUGACUUAUUGGCAACGGGAACUACAAAAUGGGUCUUUGGAUUAUAUCGACAGUUUUAUGCAAAUACAACACUUCUGACUACAAACAAUUUAGGAAUAUUAUUCUCUAACUGGAUUUCUGCAACUUUGGAGCGGUGUGUCAUUACGCAUGGAUACGGUUCUCAAUGGGACACUCCUAGGCUUCUAAAACCCUUCUCCUCCGGUAAGAUGCCCUCUUUGCACCACGGAGCGAUCGUUAUCGGAGCGCUCCUGAUCGUGACCGGGGGCUCCACCGCCUUUCUGACCUCAUACCAGAGCCGGUUGCAGGCCUUCUCUCUCUGCUGUGUGGUGCUUGGGGUCGUCAUGCUCAUCCUGGGACUCUUCUGGGCCAUGAACAGUAAGACGACCACGAAUUACAACCAUCAAGAGUUUGACCCGGAGUGCCCUCACUAUCCGUACAACGACUACCCCAACUUCAGCAACCACGCGCUCUUCUCUCCCCCGGGCCGCCGCUUUGUAGAGUCACAGUCAACCUUUCUGCCAAGGAACAUGGAUCGUCACAGAUGUGGUGCUCACAGGGAGGAUUUCGACUACCCUCCGAUGGAGCAGGGUGGCUUCAGUCCCACCCCCAACCCCCCGCCUUGGCUGGGACCCCCACCUCCAUAUGAAGUGGCUAUAAAGACCACAUGUAGCUCCACUCACCUGCGCAGGGCAUACUCCGACACACAGCUGGCCUCAGAACCACUGUUUGGACAAUCCAGGGAGAUCAGCUUUGAGGUGUAAAGUUUCACACUGGACCCAAAAAAGAACAAACUGAAAAGGAGACAUAUACUUUUAAAAGCAUGCAAGAUGUGAUGGAGAUACAGGCAUGCUCUUGUGCAAAGUGGCCUAUAAGAAACAGAAUAAAAAAGACAAUUGAGUUACAAAAGUCUGGACAUAAUGAGACAAAGUGCACUAAGAGGUCCAUUAAAGUUUU